UUUACUCUAGCAAUGAACUCCUCAUUGUACCAGCACUUCUUGUAUCUCAGCCUGGAUGUCACAGAGGGCAACAUUUCAGGAUCAAAUGCCAAGAAUAAGUCUUCCCGGUGUGAAGAGAUGGGCAUCGCAGCAGAGGUGUUUCUGACUCUGGGAGUCAUCAGCCUCCUGGAGAACAUCUUGGUCAUUGGGGUCAUCGUGAAGAACAAGAACUUGCACUCACCCAUGUACUUCUUUGUGUGCAGCUUGGCUGUGGCAGAUAUGCUGGUGAGCAUGUCCAAUGCCUGGGAGACCAUUGCUAUAUACUUGAUCAACAACAGACACCUAGUGAUAGCUGAUGCUUCUGUGCGCCACAUUGACAACAUAUUUGACUCCAUGAUCUGCAUUUCUGUGGUGGCCUCCAUGUGCAGCUUGCUGGCUAUUGCAGUAGACAGAUAUGUCACCAUCUUCUAUGCCCUGCGCUAUCAUCAUAUCAUGACUGUGAGGCGCUCAGGAGUGAUCAUCGCCUGCAUCUGGACCUUCUGCACAGGCUGUGGCAUAAUCUUCAUCAUUUAUUAUGAAUCCACUUAUGUCAUCAUUUGCCUUAUUUCCAUGUUUUUCACCAUGCUGUUCCUCAUGUUGUCUCUGUAUAUACAUAUGUUCCUCCUGGCACAGACUCAUAUCAAGCAGAUAGCAACUCUGCCUGGGCAUGGCUCUGUGCAACAGAAGACCAGCAUGCGUGGUGCAGUCACUUUGACCAUUCUGCUGGGCAUCUUCAUCAUAUGCUGGGCCCCCUUCUUCCUCCACCUCAUUUUAAUGAUCUCUUGCCCACAAAACUUCUAUUGUUCUUGCUUUAUGUCUCACUUCAAUAUGUACCUCAUACUUAUCAUGUGUAAUUCUGUGAUUGAUCCUCUGAUAUAUGCCUUCCGGAGUCAGGAGAUGAGAAAGACUUUCAAAGAGAUUGUUUAUUGCCAUUGGUUCAGAUUCAGCUGUAGCCUCCAUAGCAAGUACUAA